GCGGCGGCUAGCAGACGAGGCAACGAGAGAGGCAGAAGAGAAGCCCGAUUUCUCCAAUGUCAACAGUCUAUAUUCUAAGGCAGUGAAAUAUAUACAAAUAAUUAACGUGAUGAUGAUGUUAAUUUUUCCUGAUGAUUUUUGUUUAACACACGGAUAUCAGAUUCAUUAUUAAUAGACCAUCUGCCUACACACACUCGAACCGGAACACCGGUUUACAGGCAGCGUGCGUGGGUAACGUCUCUACGGUACGAUGGAUGGUAUUCUGUGUCAAUAUCGAUCGGUGUGACUACCUCGAGUCACCUUUGAGUCACUGGAUUGUUUCACGUGAAGGUUUAUUUCUCGAAACGCAACGUGAGUAGGCUAAUCAACUAGUCAUCGUACUGAACGGGCUUUCCUGUCACCACCGGGGUGGAAUUGUGAAACCUUCGCUUAUUGUGGCCCGAAUUCUUUAUUGGAAUAUUUUUUGAACAGAAACAGUUUCUUGGUAAAUGUCCUAGUCUUCACAGCCAAUGCCAACGGGACCAUUUAAACCUUAACUAAUCAGAUGAUGAAGAUUCCGUCUCCCUGCGUCAAUGACGGCUAAAAUGGAUACCCCUUUCUACCACGACGAAGCCCCAGGCAUUCCUCACAAUUUCGGACAACACCAUGCAGAUUACCAACGUUACCAGGGCCACAAGAUGAUGAGUAAGAAGGUGGCACAUAACUUCUCAGGCGGUUCCCACAGCAGCUCUGGCCUGAAACUGUCACAAAGCCAGCCGGGGAGUAACUGCAAUAUCAAUCCUAAUAAUCUGGGAGGGAUUAACAGCAACACAAACAGCUCGUUAAUGCCCGGCGGCUUGUCAGAUAUGAACCUUCUGAAGCUAGCCUCCCCUGACCUCGAGCACCUCAUCAUCCAGUCUAACCAGGGCCUGGUGACGACGUCUCCUGUCCCCAACCCUAACGGAGGUAAUCCUUUCAUGUACCGGAACAACGCCACUAACGAACAGGAGGGUUUUGCAGAUGGGUUCGUCAAAGCCCUGGCGGAUCUUCAUAAACAGAACCAGCUGGUUGGAGCUCCCGUGUCCCCUUCCUCCUCUAUGCAAGGCCCCUACCAGAGGAACAUCAUGUCUGCAGGAGACCUGCCCAUCUAUACCAACCUCAGCAGCUACAACCCCAACCACCCCAGCCAUAUAUCAUCAUCCUACCCAGGGGGCCAGAUGCCCGACAGCUACCCAGGCCACGGCCCCCACAGACUUGGAGGCCAGGGACCCCACCAUCCCCACAACAGGGGGUUUGACGCCCCUCAGACUGUCCCAGAGGUCCCUCAUCCUCCCGGGGACCCCACCUCCUCCCCUCCCUCGCUCUCUCCCAUCGACCUGGAGACCCAGGAGAGGAUCAAGGCCGAGAGGAAGAAACUACGUAACCGGAUCGCGGCGUCUAAGUGUCGUAAAAGGAAGCUGGAGCGGAUCUCCAGGCUAGAGGAGAAGGUGAAGGUUCUGAAGACCCAGAACUGUGACCUGACCUCCACCGCCUCGGUCCUGAGGGAACAGGUGGCUCAGCUCAAACAGAAAGUCAUGAAUCACGUCACCAACGGCUGCCAGAUAGCAGUGAGUUCAGCCACCCUGCAGGCCAACAGCAGCCGGGAGAGGGACAGCACCAACUGUUGAUCAACGGACUGUUACUGUACAGGGAUGUUGCUCUGAGUCAGUCCUCUAUAAAGGAGGUAGUACCUCUACUGUACAGGGAUGAGAAGUGUAUUUUUUUUAUGUUGCUCUGAGUCAGUCCUCUAUAAAGGAGGUAGUACCUCUACUGUACAGGGAUGAGGAGUGUUGUGAUGGUAAGUGAAAUAUGCUAACUACGUGAGUGGUUGGGGAGAAGGGAGAAUCCCACCUCUCGAUGCUAACUGAUAACUACGUGAGUGGUUGGGGAGAAGGGAGAAUCCCACCUCUGUAUGCUAACUGAUAACUACGUGAGUGGUUGGGGAGAAGGGUGAAUCCCACCUCUCUAUGCUAACUACGUGAGUGGUUGGGGAGAAGGGAGAAUCCCACCUCUCUAUGCUAACUGCUAACUACAUGAGUGCUUGGGGAGAAGGGAGAAUCCCACCUCUGUAUGCUAACUGAUAACUAUGUGAGUGGUUGGGGAGAAGGGAGAAUCCCACCUCUCUAUGCUAACUACGUGAGCGGUUGGGGAGAAGGGAGAAUCCCACCUCUCUAUGCUAACUGAUAACUACAUGAGUGGUUGGGGAGAAGGGAGAAUCCCACCUCUCUAUGCUAACUACGUGAGCGGUUGGGGAGAAGGGAGAAUCCCACCUCUCUAUGCUAACUGCUAACUACGUGAGUGGUUGGGGAGUAGGGAGAAUCCCACCUCUCUAUGCUAACUACGUGAGCGGUUGGGGAGAAGGGAGAAUCCCACCUCUCUAUGCUAACUACGUGAGUGGUUGAGGAGAAGGGAGAAUCCCACCUCUCUAACCUCUACAGACACUUUGAGUUGUAGUAGUAACACAACAAGACAUUUCACUUUUAUUUUGCCCUCGCGCAGCCCUGAAAGUGACCAAAGCACCUCUGCUUAACAGGAGAGUACCACAUGAAAACCUCUGCUUAACAGGAGAGUACCACAUGACAACCUCUGCUUAACAGGAGAGUACCACAUGAAAACCUCUGCUUAACAGGAGAGUACCAGACUGACGACUGAACCAAGUAACCAUUAGAAGAGUGAGCAGCGGAGGAUAUUGUGCCUCUAGUAUACAGUUCAGUAGGUCCCGGGUGUUUGUGGUAAACAGGAAGUAUAAUAACUGAGAGAGUGUGAAACAUUCGGGGUUCCCAUCACCUCAAAACAAGAAUUUCUCAAUUCUAGGUCAUCUCUAUGAUAAAAAAUAAUAUGAAUCAAAACACUGUUCUAUGGUAUUUUUACCUGAGUAUUGUCAGUUAUAAUUGGCAUUACCUGAGUAUUGUCAGUUAUAAUUGUCAUUAUCUGAGUAUUGUCAGGUAUAAUUGUCAUUACCUGAGUAUUGUCAGUUAUAAUUGUCAUUACCUGAGUAUUGUCAGGUAUAAUUGUCAUUACCUGAGUAUUGUCAGUUAUAAUUGUCAUUACCUGAGUAUUGUCAGCUAUAAUUGUCAUUAUCUGAGUAUUGUCAGCUAUAAGUGUCAUUAUCUGAGUAUUGUCAGCUAUAAUUGUCAUUACCUGAGUAUUGUCAGUUAUAAUUGUCAUUACCUGAGUACUGUCAGCUAUAAUUGUCAUUACCUGAGUAUUGUCAGGUAUAAUUGUCAUUACCUGAGUAUUGUCAGCUAUAAUUGUCAUUACCUGAGUAUUGCCAGGUAUAAUUGUCAUUACCUGAGUAUUGCCAGUUAUAAUUGUCAUUACCUGAGUAUUGCCAGUUAUAAUUGUCAUUACCUGAGUAUUGCCAGGUAUAAUUGUCAUUACCUGAGUCAGAUGAUAAGGUUACAUCUGUAGUAAAGUGUGAGUUUGACUUUAGAACAAAUGACAAUUAAUGGUACUGGAAGAGUCUCGUGUGGCACCUCAAGGCCCUGAUCAUACUCAUUCUACGCUGUAGUUAUGAAGUUAUGGGAAUUAAAGCUUUUUCCGCUUUAAAAAAAAAGUUAAUUGGUCAAAGUAUCACAAUGUUGUUGAUCAAAUCCAUCGGGCUUAAUAAUGUGAUGUAGAUAAGAGGUGCAGAUUUAUUUCUUUGAGUCACUUUAGUCUCUUGUCUUGGAAUAUAUUAUCUGUCUUGUUUAGAAUUGUGCAAUGUGUGUAUGAGAUGACAGCAAAACCAACCUCUUGAGACUUUCAACUCUAAGGGUUGGAUACAAUCCGUAUUGCCAAAGUAUUGCCGAAUAUCCACGUUACGGCUUGUUUGAUAUUUAAAGACAAUGUUCCCGCGUUUGCAGAGACUAUAUUCACGGUAAAAGAUGCAUAUGUCGGCUUAAUCGGAAAUGACCUUUUCAUUUUAACACGGAUCCGGAUUGAAUCCAGACCUAAAUGUGUUUUUUAUUAAAUAACUGUGUUCAUGUGAAACAGACAGAAGCUUCUGGUGAUAUAUAAAUAGUUUAAAUAGAUUUAAACCAAUCACAUCUUUGUAAGAUUACUAUUGGUUGUCAUUUUGGAACAUGGCUGAUUCAUUUUGGAACCUUGGUAAUUCAUUUUGGAACCUUGGUAAUUCAUUUUGGAACCUUGGUAAUUCAUUUUGGAACCUUGGUAUUUCAUUUUGGAACCUUGGUAAUUCAUUUUGGAACCUUGGUAUUUCAUUUUGGAACCUUGGUAUUUCAUUUUGGAACCAUGGUAUUUCAUUUUGGAACCUUGGUAAUUCUGAAAGAUUUUCCUCCAUUCCAACCAAAACACCCUUUGCACUGUUCUUCCUGUGAUCAUGUUGACCUGUAGGUUUUAGUGUCAGAGUCUAAUGAUGUUCAAUGUGGUAACAUUGUGGAACUACACUGUGUCAGAGAUACAUUUUCAAAGACAUUUUAGAUAAACUUGUUGUGUUAAUAGACGGACGGACAGACGGACGGGCGGACAGACAGACAGACAGACAGACAGACAGACAGACAGACAGAAAGGGAAGAGGCUUCUUGAGAAUGCAGCAAGCUACAAUGAAGUAACAAGACAAGGGCUUUUAAUCAAUAGAUAGAUAAUUAUUUUAUUUCUUGUUUUAUAAAAUUUCUGGAGCAAUUUAUUUAUGUAAAAUGUAUCUUUGGUAUUUAUGUUUUUGGGGAAAUAUGAUAUUGCACAUAAAUCAAAACAUGAAAUCUUGUGUGAUAUUUAUCUGUGGUCUCAACAUGGACUCUGUGUAGACAUGUUUCUACAAACUAUUUCAUACUUUAUUUAAAACGUUUUCCUAUGAUUGUCGAUAAAGUAUUUAAAUCAUGUAAUAAGCGCUCCACUUUCUAUAUGAAUUAGCUUAACUUCUUCACAAAAACAAUGAUUUAAUGCAGUAGACCAACAUGGCAACUUAAAGAAAACUGUUUUGUUGAUUGAUGCUUAAACAUUUUUGAAAGAAGUCUCUAUACUGUAAGUACUAUUACAUAGUUGGUGCACUGAAUGUACUUUCCUAUAAUUACAGUAUAUACAUAAACAAUGGUAUUUAUGUACACAGAGUGUACAAAACAUUAGGAACACCUUCUUAAUAUUGAGUUGUAUCCCCCUUUUGCCCUCAGAACAGCCUCAGUUCGUCGGGACAUGGACUCUACAAGGUGUCGAAGCCGUUCCACAGGGAUGCUGGCCCCAUGUUGACUCCAAUGCUUCCCACAGUUGUGUCAAGUUGGCUGGAUGUCCUUUGGGUGGUGGACCAUUCUUGAUACACACGGGAAACUGUUGAGUGUGUAAAACCCAGCAGCGUUGCAGUUCUUGACACACUCAAACCGGUGCGCCUGUCACCUACUAGUAUACCCCGUUCAAAGGAACUUAAUAAUGUUGUCUUGCCCCAUUCACCCUCUGAAUGGCACACAUACACAAUCCAUGUCUCAAUUGUCUCAAGGCUUAAAAAUCCUUCUUUCACCCCGUCUCCUCCCCUUCAUCUACACUGAUUGAAGUGUAAUUAGCAAAUUAAAUCAAUAAGGGAUCAUAGCUUUCACCUGGUCAGUCUAUGUCAUGGAAAGAGCAGGUGUUCUUAAUGUUUUGUACACUCAGUGUAUGUCUUAGUCUGGAGAGAGAAUAAAAAAAAAAAACGAAUAAUCAAGACAGACUUUAAAUCACUCAAAUAAUUUUUUGUGAGCGUCAAGGAAAAUAUGUAAUUUUUUAAACUUGAAUAAAGGCUUUUGAAGUCAAUUAUGAUAAUGAUUAUAUUUUUUGUACAAAAUGUAUUCGACGUUGUUACAGUUAAAUUAUUGAGUGAAAAGGAUGAGUUAAACCUUCUGACAUGUUGGUGUGAUUGUUAUAGUUCCAUAAUAUACAUGAUUUAUUGAGGUGGAUGUUUAAAAUAAUAUUAUUUUGUACUCUUUGUCGUGUAAAGGCAUCUUGUGUCGAUUUCAGUCAAAUAGUAUUCAUACGUUUCAAGAGUCACAUCAUUUUUCCCCCUCAGGAUAAGUCAGAUAAAAAAAAAAGAAAGUUGUUUGAUGGGACUAGGAAGGUUGUGUCUAAGUUCAAUCGACGAUGUGUGUGGAUCUUUCCUUCCUGAAAAGAGCUGUUCCUCUUUUGAGGAGAAGGUUUUAAUAACACUAGUUUCUCAGACUGUUUUUCAUUUUCAGUAACUGAGCCAAUCUGAGACAUGUCUUUUUAUACACGUGAGAGAAGGAAUGUCAAGCAGUACAAUCUUACAAACAACUGUCUGUGAUUUGGUGCCGUCGUGGUUUGACUCAUUUAGUUAACCCUGUGAUUUGUUAGGCUAAAGCGAUGAUAACAGUUUAAAGUGUACUAUUACAGGUAUUUGGAGAUGACCUGAUUUAAAAUUGUAAGCACCCUGACCCCUCAUGAUCAAGCCAAAGAUAAUAGUUUAUCAGCACAUACACAAUAACAUGGAAUACUUCUUUGCAAAAGAAACAUUGGUCUCAAUGGGACUUUGCUGCUUAAGUUUAUAAGUGUUGAUUUGAGACAGUCAUAGAUACCCAAGUUGUAAGUGUAACACGGUGUAUGUGAGCGUUGAACUGCCUCCGUCUGCCCAGAGGCCCAGAGGACCAGAGGCCCAGAGGCCCAGAGACCCAGGGGCCCAGAGGCCCAGAGACCCAGGGGCCCAGAGGACCAGAGGCCCAGAGGCUCAGAGGACCAGAGGCUCAGAGGACCAGAGACCCAGGGGCCCAGAGGCUCAGAGGCCCAGAGGCCCAGAGACCCAGAGGCCCAGAGGCCCAGGGACCCAGGCUUUUUGUUUUGUGGUACAGGUGGUUAGGUGCUCACCUUUGCACUGUAAGAGACAGUGUUUGACAAGCGGCUACCUUUUCUGAAUAAAAUGACAGCACAUUGAAUAUACAGCCAUAUAUAAAGUCACUUGUAAGGUAGACAAGUGGCUACACCUUCUGAAUAAGUUAACAGAACAUUGAAGAUAAGUUGUGUUUUAUUCACUACGACGACGACGAUAUCACUAUUACAUUGUAAAGGAUCAAUACGGGUCUUAAAGGGAAGUCAAGCUGCAGUUUAUGACAUCAUAUCCUGUUGAGAACUGACACAGCUGUUGGUGUGUACCCAAGGGAAAAUUCUACGUCAGAGGGUGGGUCCGAAAAUGUUGAAUUUUCUAUGGAAUAAAGGUGCCAUUUUGGGACAGUAGCCGUCUGAAUAUAGUUACGGCAGUACAAUGAGAGGGAAACGUGUCUAUCGGCUACAGGGCGACUUGCCUUGGUUUAAACUGUUGUUUCGACUGAUUUGUUUUGGUUUACAAUGUGCCGUCUUCUUGAUAAAGUGUUCAUUGUUUCCUUGAAUGAUUUUUAAAAAAUCAAACCAAUAAAAGGAGUAUGUUUCUGAAACAGGAA